AUGCUAUCGAAAGCAACGAGAAUUUCAAGUGGGGAGCCGGACAAUGUCCCAAGUGAAGACGACUAUUCGUAUGGCACUAUAAACUAUGAUGAAUUCACACCAAUACCAGGUGCAGCGCCUCCAGGGUUACACCUAAGCAGCGAGGACUAUGAAUCGGGGGAGGUCGCAGAGUUGUGCACAGCUGUAGGCCUAGAAACUGGCCGCGGCCUGCUUCCAGUCGGGUGCAACCAGUCAUGCACAGAGAAAGGAGAUUUAUUUUUGCCAAACGACACGCUGUGCAUUGAAAUGUCAAGCCAAAACGUCUCCGCAAUCGAGAACUUCAGUAAUUUUUCAUGUCUUUUAGGCAAAUGUAAUGACGGUAUUUGUGAAAGCUGCGGUAUCUGUACGUGGUGCUUUAAGCGCCCAAUUAUGAAUAUGCCAGUUUGAAAUUAAAUGGUCGCUUGU